CUCAACGAGGCACUGAAACAACAAGUCCCAGAGAAAUCCGUUCCGCAGUAAAUAGUUUGCAGUCGGCGAUGGAUUGGAAGGUAGCAGUUUUAGUUAGUUGCAUAUGGUCUAUUGGACUUGCGACUCCUCAGGAAAACGGUGUCAUUUUUCAGUUUAACCGUCGAAAGUCGACCACGCCAGAUCCUAUCCUGAGCUUUUUCAAUCAGUGCAACCGAGGAAGGGGGACUUGCGUAUCCGAAUGCAAGGACAGUCUUCGUGUGGAUUCUGAGGACUGUGUUAGCGUUUGGCAUGUUUGCUGCAACAAAGAAGAGAAUGAUAUUAUUACUUUCCCAUCGAGGAAACCACCAACGCUCCCCGCAACCAGUUCAACCACAAGUAAACCACCUACACCUAAAUACACUACACCCACAACAACUUCGACCACGGAAGCACCGUUGGAUGAGAACUGGACACCGCCGGACUGCGGAGUUCGGCAAUCAAAUACUGAAGUUAACAGUCAGACUAUCGAAGAUACAAAACGAGGCGAGUUCCCUUGGAAUGUGGGAAUAUUUACGAUGAGUACCAAUUUUCUCGGCAUUGAACAAAAUGUGUUUCAUUGCGCCGGAUCGCUGAUAGACGAUUUUGUAGUCUUAACCGCUGCUAGUUGUGUUCGGAGAAAGAACGCCUCGACACUGAUGGUAUUCGCAGGUGUUUGGGAUGUGACCGACGAGCAGGAAAAACGCCAGAUACGCAAGGUGAAACAAAUUAUCAUACACCCAAACUUUGUUACAUCAUCCAGGAUAUACGAUAUAGCGCUCCUUGUUCUGGAAGACAAAGUGGAUUUUACACCGACCGCUAACCGCAUCUGCCUACCGGAUAUCGGAGUUAGUUUUAACGACAGUUACUGUCUAGCCACCGGUUGGGGUGUAACACCUACAGAAAAAUCCUUUGAGCAGAUACGACCAAUUUUAAAGAUGGUCGAACUGCAGUUGGUCGACCACAACGAGUGUGAGAUCAGAAUACGAAAAUCCCUCCCAUUUAACGUUCGAUUCAAACUAAGUGAGGUAUUCCAAUGUGCCGGUAUUGAGCCCGGAAUUAGUCUUUGUCCAGGAGAUGUGGGCUCUCCAUUAUUUUGUACUAUCCCGGGGCGGCCACGACAGUUUUACCAAGUUGGAAUAUUCUCCUGGAGUGAAAGCCAGUGCGGCGAAAAGGCGGUCCCCGGUGCGUUCACAAAAAUUAGUCAUUUCCGAACUUGGAUUGAUGGACACAUGGAGGCAAAACAGCGAGGUGUAAACGUAUAUGUUCCACAACCAGAGGACUCCAGCGAAGAUAAUAGCUUUGCAGCUGAUUAAAAUAACGAUUUCAAUACUA